AUGAUUGAAAUUCCUGCAGAUAAUCAAUAAUUAUCAUCUUAAUAAACACUUGAAAUGCUUUAGUUCUAUGUAAUAUUUAAUUAUUAUUAUCUAGUUUGAAACAAUUAUUUCUGAAUAUACUGCAUUUAAUCAUGCAUAAAUUGUAUAUCCCCUUUAUCAAACGUUUUUAGUUCAGUUGAAUUAAUAACUCAGAACUUUAGAACAAUCAAAUAUUGGGGAUAUAGCAAUAAAUUAGACUUACUAAAAUCUUAAAGAUCUUCAAAAAAAGGCAGCAGAUGAUUUAAUAAUAUAAGAAAUGCUAUUUGAAUAUGAUGAAUGUAUAUUUUAUGUCUUAUUUAAUUAGUCAUCCAUCCUAUUCAAAUAUAAGCAUUACCUAAAUUAAUCAAUUAAAAACAAAAAUAACCUUAAAAAUAAAAGAAAGCUGUUAGUUGCAUCUUGAAUGAAAAUUGUGAUAAACAAGAAUACUUAUAAGUUGGAUCCUAAUCAGUCUUAAUACAUCAUAAUAAAGAUAAAAUUUAAAGCUUUUCUGAAUUAGAUGAUCAUAAACUAAAUGUUAUAAAAGAAUUUGAUGAAAAGAGUUACUUUUCAUAAAUUAAUUUUGAAAGGAAUCCAUUAUCUGAUUUAAAAGCUGUCACCGAAUAAAGAUUAACUUAAUCAAAAAAUUAUUAUUAUAAUGAAGCAUAAUUAGAUGAUGUAGAUCUAUUUAUAUAAAUAGGCCUAUUAUGUGAUAUAAUAAGCAAAGAUAGAACUUUAAGAUAAUGAAUUACUAUUGAAUUGGUUCUAUGAAACAUAUGGAGAUUAUGUUAAUAUGAUUUAAGAUAAAAUGAAUACUAUGUAAAUUAAUCUUAAUGAAUUGGAAUCUAGUGGAUGGAUUAUAGAGAAAAAUACUAAAACACUUAUCAUUAAAUAUAAAAUUGAUUCAAAAAACUCAACAGUUACUCUUUUUAUGGAUUCUGUAUUUGAAGCAAAUGUAACUAAAUUAAUGGCUUUAAUUAAUGAAAUUGAAUUAUAUCAAAACUAUGUACCAUUUUGUGUAAGAUCAUCAAUGCCAAAAAGAAUUGGGAAAUGUUGUAAAAUCUGUGAUAUACAGGUUUAUUUUCCUUUAAUUUCUGACAGAAAAGCUGUAUUUGUUGGAGAAGGAAUUGAUAGACUUAAUAUAAAUGGUACUAUAGUAUUUAUUUGUAAAUCUAUUGAUAAUGAUCCUGAAUUUUUAAAAAUACAUAGUAUAGACAUAUCAAAAGAUAAAGGAAAAUUUGUAAAUUUGAUAUUAAAUUAUUAUGUAUUUGAAUUAACACCUAUCAGUGAAAAUAAAUGUAGAGUAAGAGCUGUUACUAAUUCAGAUCCUUAAUGUAGAUAUAUACCAAAAGCAUUAGUAGCUUUGGUUGCUAGAAAAGUAUAUAAUAAAUAUAUAUUUUAGAUGGCUAGUACUUUAUUUGAGAAAAUGUAAAAAAUUACAUAAAAUUUUGUUAAAAGUCCAUGGUAUCCUAAAUAUGUAGAAAAUCAAGAAUUUUAUGAUUGGAUAGACAAUAAAGUCUAGAUUUAUUUUUCUAAAUAAAAAUAAUUAUGA